AUGGGGAAUGGAAUGGAUAUACCUACGAUUGAUGUCAACAUUAGAGUCAAGACUCAACAGGUGAUUAAAGAAGAUCAGUCUUCAUGUAUGGGCGAGUUGCCCGUACGUCGAUGGAGAGUUGAACUAUGCAUGUUAAAUGAAAAAGAUGAAGAAGUGGUAUUAGAUAUCGUUUCCAUUUGCAUAUUCUAUCUGCAUCCUACUUUCAAAGAACCUGUUAGAAAAUUCAGACAACCACCGUUUGUACUAGAAGAAGAAGGUUGGGGGGAAUUCGAUAUGGAAAUUGUCUGUCAUUUUAUUGAAAACGUUGGUAAAUUUACGAUAAACCAUCUUCUAUCAUUUGAACAUAGUGCUGUUGCAAUUGACUACGCUAUAAAAGUACCAUGCCAUACACCUCUGAUUAGAGAAUAUUUAUCCAGGAAUUUCACAUUGCCUGAUGCCAAUUUUGAUAAAAAGCAAGAGAAAACUAUCUCUCAAUCACAGUUACGCAAUUGGAUAAACCUUAUACCAAAAUUGGACGAAGAUUCUGUUACUGAAAUUGUUCAAUUAAUUCUACGACAUCCAGCAGUACAAGCCGAAGUCAACAAGCAGGAAAGGCACGAUGAUUUUUUAAUGGGACUUUACCAAUUACCUAACGAGCUUUUACAAACGAUUGGUGAUUACAUUUUGCAUGGAAAUGAUGAGAAAGAAUUUUAA